UGCAAUACCUGGAACAGCAAUAAAAAUGGUACGUUUAAUAAUUGCAAAGUGUUUUCUAUUCGCCUUCGUUUCCAGGUCGUAAAUCAGCGAUUGUUCAGCUGUUCAGUCAGUCUCGGCUGGCGCCUCCUGCCCGAACAUAAAUUGAAUUGAAAGACUGGGGGAUCGGGAGUGGAACUUGGACUGCGACUGGGCCAGGGCCAGAGUAGCGAAGACUGGGCCAAAACCAAAGAGCCCAAGAGCCAACGAGCCACAGAUGCCAGCCGGAGGUGGAGGCGUCAAUUGGCAAAUUGGUUUCCAUGUCAGCCAGCAGGAAAAGUUAAUUUUCUCGCCGCCAUAAAUAACACCCUGAUCGACUGGAACUAAGGCACGAUCGAAGGCAUCAGAGGAUCUCCAUCUGCCGAUCGCGAAUUGGAAUAGAGGAUUGCCAAUGCCAUUGCCAAUGCGAAUGCGAAUGGGAAUGCGAAUCUCCUCUGGCAGCAUGAUUAAUUACCCCGAAAACGAUCUGCCUGCCAUGUUGGCCUCGCAUUCAGAAGUCUGGCCCAAACGGAGGCCCAAAGCUGGCGCGGAGUGCCGGAACGAGUCCGAGUUGGAGUCGGAUCGAGCCAGUGGCCAAUGGUCGAUGGUCGAUGGUCGAUGGUCGAUGGUCGAUGGUCAGUGGAUAGUGGACAGUGGUUGGCACGUCAGCCGGCGGCCUGUCAGCGUUGCCUGCUACCGGGAGGCAAGAGCUGAGACGUCUCGGCUGCCACAACUCAAACUGCAUGCUACACAGGAAAAAAACACAGCGAAAUUCAGUGAGAAUUUAAUUAGGCAGUUAAAAUGUAAGGAAUAUAUUUUAGAUAUUUUCAAGGGCAAAUCUUCAGAUUCAGUUAGCACUCAACACGAAGUCCGCAUUUUGCAAAUGAGUUUAUCUGCGGCCGCCGAUUUCAGCAAUUCUGGAUUCGCCAUUGCCAUCAGGCAAAAGCCUUUUAACUGCUCGCAAAUUUAUGUCCCAGCUUAA